AUGCCUGGGAAUACCAGAGACCUCAAUAAACACUCCCCAGUGUCAAUUUUGGCGAAAAACGACAGUGCUACGCGAGAAAUCACUGCUUACAAGGGAAACCUCGCGAACUAUGAAAACGGCAAAAGCCAGAGAUCUCCCAACUACCGUCCAAUAGAGGAUACAACGUAUGUCAACCCGCAAAAACUGCAAAUUGUCACCUCAGGAAACAGGCGAAACAAGGAAAAUGGACGCGCAACGGAAAGUUUCGAAAUGGGAGGCGGCAGUGACGAUUUCAAAAGCCCAACAAGCGCAUUGGCGACUGGUGUAUCGUUCACAAUGGCAGAUAUAGCGGACAAAAUUUCCCACAGGGGCUCCAUUUCAGCACGACCCUCGUCGGUGGCUCUCACAGCCCAAGGUGGCACAGGAAGUGCUCCACCAGGCUUGGAAGGGCGCCAAAACUCGGUCGUGGGUGCUCAUUUUGAGUCCAGCGCCGCCUCUUCUCGCCAGAACUCGGUGCACAUGCCCGGAGAAUACAUUUUCAUGGAUUGCCCGCCUCAAAAUGUACCUCAAUCCCACUCUCCUUCAAACAACUCGAGUGGCAAUCGCAAACAGCAGCAUCACGUCAAUAAAGCACUGAUCGAGGCGCAACUGGGACCCCAGCUGCCAUUCACGGAGUUUUUUCAAAAACAGGACGAUAAGAAAAUCCAUAUACUGAUAGGAGCUACCGGAUCCGUGGCCACCAUAAAGGUGCCUGUCAUCAUCGACAAACUAUACAAAGUUUAUGGUCCAGACAAUGUUUCAAUUCAGCUGGUCUUAACCAAGCCUGCCGAACACUUUUUGCGCGGCUUGAAAAUAUCCACAGACGUGAAAAUAUGGCGUGACGAAGACGAAUGGUGCGGCUUCAAGCGUAUGGGGGACCCUAUGCUUCACACCGAGCUUCGAAGAUGGGCCGACGUGUGUUUGCUUGCCCCUUUGUCUGCAAACACCCUAGCAAAACUGGCUUACGGCAUCUGUGACAAUCUGCUCACGUCUCUUCUCCGGUGUUGGACUCCCUCCACUCCAGUUUUGGUAGCUCCCGCGAUGAACACUUUCAUGUACACGCAUCCUGUCACUAAGAAACAUUUGAUGAUGCUACAGGAAGAAUCACCUCAUAUUACGAUAUUAAAGCCUGUAGAGAAAGUUCUGGUUUGCGGCGAUAUUGGCAUGGGUGGAAUGCGCGAUUGGCAUGACAUUGUCGAUAUUCUGACCAAAAAAGUAGCAGAAAUACGAGGCAAUGUUGAUGAAGAUUCGGCAGACGAUGAAGAUGAUGACGACGAGGAAGAGGAAGGCGAUACGAACAUGCCGGACGAAACCGAUUCUGACGAUAGCGGUGUUGAUGGAGGUGAUGACGAUGACGACGACGAAGUAGACGGCGAAGUUGGCAAUAGCGAUGAAAACAAAUACCAAAAGAAAAAUGACAAAGGAAAGUGCAUUGGGGGAAUAUCGAGCAAAAACGAAGUGCUACGAGACGGAGUCGACAGAGAUGUUUUAACUAAGCGCCUGUGA